AAUAAUAAUAAUAAUAAUAAUAAUAAUAAUAGGUAUGCAAACGAGGCGAAAGGGCAGCAGGGUCAGUACAAUACAGAAUUGACCCUUUCGCCUCGUUUGUGUGUCAAGCCGCUGAUAACUGCUAUAACAGCUAUUGGGGACACCUAACUUUGGCGAGUUACAAGUAUCAGGGCUAUAGACAAAUUAAAGUUUUAAACAACGUAAUUAUUUAGAAGAUAAAAGCCUAUCCAUCAAAAUACAAAAGUGAAUAAAGUUACAAAUUAAGUUAACUAAGUAUGAAGAAACUAAACAAGUUGAACACAUAAUGACAUUUGCAUCCACUGCUCGCAUCAAUUUAAUAUUCAUAAAGUCUGACAAAUAUGCAUUUGCCAAAUUUAGUCAGGCGCAGCAUUUUUCCUGAUGUAAUCAGUAAAACAGCAAAAAGAUCUGCGUUUGUUUGGCGGCUGAUCAACGUAAGCGAUGGUCUGGUUCCAGCUCCGGUCCACUGAAAUGCCGUCACUUCGGCUUCUACAGAAAUUCUUCUGGAGGACCCUAGUCAGCCUCGCCAUUUUCGAUGCCAUUGAAAUUAUUGAUAUUGCAUGGUGAAGCGAAAUCUUAUUGCUUUUACUCCAAGUUGUGUCCCUGAAAGCAUGUUUAAUUAUCUUUCGAACUGAGUUUCACAGUGAUUUCCUUCGUUUCGACAUGCUCCGUAUAAAAUAUAAUAGCCAGAUCCUCUCAAGACCAGAGCCCUUUAACUGGGGUGACCAACAUUUUUCCUCUUUGAGGCUGGUUGCGUGUGCAAAGGCGCCAGCCUUUAUUGGGGACUGAAGGCAAGAACCCCCAGAAACUGUUUUAAAAACGUUGUUUUCCAACGUUCUUGAGACCGGAAAAACAGUUUACCUCAAUAUUUCUCCUGACAAAGUUAUAAUGUGAUAAGCUUAGGCACUUAGUUGGGAGGGGAAAGGAAUCGGAACAAAAUCAUUUUCAACGGACUCAAGAUUCGAUCAGACUGAAAAUUUGUUUUUUGAUGGCCUUUAUUUUUAUAGUGGUCUGUUACGCUCUAGUUUAUGAGUGACUUGCAAGAUACUCGAGUAAAGAAUAAAUGGAAGUGGGCAUGGCCGGUUGAACAACUGGCCCGGCCGCAAACUGGUUACAGCUGUUUUCUUGCUACAUCUAUUCUAACCAGGUUUACCCAUGAAAUACCUGCUUUGUUAUUGAAAAGUUCGUUUUUCACGUGUUGCAUAGAGUUUCACGUGUUUCUAUAUUUGAUUUCCUCCUCGCCCAUACAGCUCCCGACGCGUGCACGUGGUAAAAAACAUGUCCCCAAGAAAUUGUGCUUCUAUACCCGCCAAAAUUCGACUUUCGCUUUCAAUGUUCAGCUUACAUUUUAUCUUUGUUCUCUGACAUUCGACAUUAAGAGUUUCACAAUGCGGCGUUAGAGUUUCAGAAUGCGACAUUUGUUUUUCCACGCGACGUUCGUUCGUUUAUUCAUCCCGUAAACGUGCGAGAAUAGGUCCGUCAUGUAUGAGGACACAAAUUGUACCGGAGCAAACUGGACCUGGGCGAGAGCGCGGGAAAUGUGGAAAAAUGUCAUCAUCGCUGGAUGAUCGAAAAAAUAUUUAUAACAGUUCUUAUGAGGACGACAGUUUCGAAACAGCAGAAGAGUCAGUACUAGCUGGUCAUAGAAGUUCUCAUUUCGCGAUGGGCAGACGCGAAAGUGUAUUUCUUGCAGAAUCUUCCACUUCGGCAGAAGAAAUUCAAGAGAGCUCACCAUUUGGGCAAACUAUUAGUGAAGGCUAUGAUGAAUCGACUCCCAGCAUAAUUGCGACAGUUUCCGCGAAUAAAACUGGUGCAAUAACAGAAGAACAAGACUAUUCUGAUCAAUUUGAGUCCAUAGCUGAUAACUUUAGCGAAGAUGGAUCAUCUACAAAGGAUGAAUCUAUCAGUGAAUCAAGAAAGGAAGAAGUACAAGAGAACUUUAUUAAGAAGAAGUUAGCAAUACUUUUAUCCAAGCAGGCUAACUCCAACACAAAGAAUUAUGGAAAGAAAGAUGAAGACAAAAAAAUGGAUGGUUACCAGCAAGAGAACAACUUCUGUUCAAGAAAAUUAAAAAUUGUAGAACUGGGCAAACAACAGGAAGAUAACCAUAGACAUUCUGCAGGCAAGAGAACUGUGUCUGCUAAUGGAGGGAACCAGCAGACUUUACAACCUAUCGAUGGGAACAAAAGAAAGAUUGAAAGUUUAGGAAUUGAAAACUUGAUGAGGAAAACAGAAAAGUUAAAAGAACAGGAAUUUCACAACCCAAGACAUUGUAAUGACUGUAGGAAAAUGAAAUCUGAUAUUGCCAACCACUCAUUCUUAAAGAGAAAAUUAGACAUAGUGAAGAGAGGUGAAUUUGAGGAGAGGCUACAAAAACACAUGUAUCAAAAGGAUUCUGCCACCCUCCUAGCUGAGAUAGUAAAUUCUUGUACAAAGGCAACUGUGCCUCCAAGUGAGGUUUGGGAGAUACUACUUCACAAAGAGGAAAACAAAUAAUUACUGGAAAUGAUGGUACAGAGAGAAACAGCACAUUUGUCAUACUCACUGACAGAAAUUUUUCAUAAAUUUUGAAGAUCUCUAAAAUUGAUUUUGUUUUUUUCUUUUUUUGUUGCUUGAUCUUUAAAGCCAAGUUAUUUUGCAAGAAUAAUACUAGGGGUGGUGAAUGGUAAAUGCUAGACUUUGUGAGAAGGUGAGACUAGCAUUUUUCUUUGCAAGCCUGAGACAUUUGGACUUCAUCAAUUGCAAGCUCAAGAGAUUCAGAUUCUAAAAUGUUCAGACAUCAUUUACAAACCAAUGACAUACAGAGUGCAUUACUGAGUAAAGAAAACAAACACAUCAGUACUUCAAGACUUUCUUAGCCUUGCAAAAAAGGCUAAGAGACUGCGAGCUCAACACAGCUUUGUGAAAAAAUUGAGACUGUAAGACUGCUUAAACAAUAGUGCAAGAUCCGUGAAAUUUGACAAAUUUUUGCAAGACCCAUGGUUUUUGAAUGA